AACACAGUCAGGCUGUCUCCAUUUGGCCCAAAGAGCAUGCCUGGACAGCUGCCUCCCUGCCCUCACGUCCUGUUGGAGCCUGCAUGAAUGUGUGUCAUCUGGAUGAUGAGCGAAGAUCCUAAUCCAUGUCUCUCUGUGUUUUUUUACAGUCGGCUGCAGUCUCCGAUGGAGAACUGAACAGCGUGGAGCUGCAGGGCUGCAGCAGCGACAACAGUCUGAACAGUAAUGCCAGCCUGCCCAGUGUCCAGAGCCACCGGCGCCACACGGAGAGGAGAGUGGCCAGCUGGGCUGUCUGCUUCGAGAGGCUGCUGCAAGAUCCCGUGGGAGUUCGCUACUUUUCGGAAUUCCUAAAGAAAGAGUUCAGUGAGGAGAACAUCCUGUUUUGGCAGGCGUGUGAGUUCUUCAGCCACGUCCCUGAGAAUGACAAGAAGCAGCUCUCCCAGCGUGCCAGGGAGAUCUACAACAGCUUCCUGUCCAGUAAAGCCACUACGCCGGUCAACAUCGACAGUCAAGCUCAGCUCGCUGAUGACAUUCUCAAUGCUCCCCGACCUGACAUGUUCAAGGAGCAGCAGCUGCAAAUCUUCAACCUGAUGAAGUUUGACAGCUACACACGGUUCCUCAAGUCUCUGCUCUACCAGGAGUGUAUGCUGGCGGAGGUGGAGGGCAGGCCUCUGCCAGACCCAUACCACAUCCCCAGCAGCCCCACCUCCAAACACAGCACCACAGGCUCCGACCGCUCCAACCUCUCUACACCCAAGAAGGAGGACAAAAAGAGUAAAUCUGGUCGAUCGUUAAAUGAGGACAGCAGAGAUGACUCUGGAGACCGGAGGAAAGGCAUGUUCUUCUCAUGGUCCCGCAACAGGAGCUUCGGCAAAGGCCCCAAGAAGCGAGAUCUGGCUGACUUCAACUACAAUUUCUCCGGCAGUAAUGGUCGGCGUGAAUCGCAGGGUUCACUGUCGUCAGGAGCCAGUCUGGAGCUGGGGACUUCAGGGUCUGGGAGGAAUGAGGGUGAUGCUUCCCGUGGUGCAGUAUCGCUGUCAACAGAGCGAGGAGGGGGCAGCGCCCCCUUGAGGCAAUGUAACAUAAGCUUGCCGGACGGCUCAUGUUGCUCUGUGCCGCUGAGGGCCGGAGUGUCCAUCAGGGACCUGCUGCUGGGCCUCUGUGAGAAGCUCUGCAUCAACUUGGCAGCUAUAGACCUCUUCCUGGUUGGAGGGGAGAAGCCACUUGUUUUGGACCAAGACUGUAUGACAUUGUGCUCACGGGACCUUCGACUAGAAAAACGCACUCUUUUCAGACUCGACUUAGUCCCUAUUAACAGGUCUGUGGGCCUAAAAGCUAAACCCACCAAGCCGGUGACUGAAGUCCUCAGGCCUGUGGUCGCCAAAUACGGCCUGCACCUCUCUGACUUAGUAGCUCGCAUUAGUGGGGAGUCAGAACCUUUAGAUCUAGGGCUUCCUAUUUCCAACCUGGACGGGCUGCGAGUGGUGUUAGAUAUAGCGGAACAUGCUCCUGGAAAAGACAAACAGAAAGGAGCUCCCUCUAAGAGUCACAUCCCGGCAUCUACGAGCAGAAACCAAUCUACAACUGGGGAGGAUAGGCCAACAGGGAAAGCUGGUUCACCCCACCCCCUUGGGGAAAACGGCAAGGCUGGGCACAGCCCUGACCCAAGAGGCCUGGCCUUACCCAACCACUCUGUGUCUCUCCAUAAGGCUCCGGAGAAAAGAAAGCAGAAAAAGAUUAAUAUAGACGAAGCUGAAGAGUUCUUCGACCUCAUAUCCAAAGCUCAGAGCAACCGAGCAGACGACCAGCGAGGCCUGCUAAACAAAAGCGACCUGCAGCUUCCAGACUUUCUGCGCCUGUCGCCAGUGGCAACCAACCAGUCUGCACCUCCUCUCUUCAACCCUGAGCCCAGUUGCUCCACCCCUAAUUCCCGUAACCCCAACAACGGCAGCUUCCCUAGCAGCGGUCGCCGGGGCAAUAAGACAAACAGCAAUGAGAGGGGAGGAGGUGGCGGGGGCAGUCACUUGCUCAGUGCGAGCCAUCAGUCCCAGAGCUUGGACUCUGCACUUGGCUCUGAGAACGGAGGGGGGAGGAAAUCCAGACCACUUCCACCGUUUCCCGACACCGUCUCCCCCAUCCACCCCUCGUCCAGCAGGGGGGAAUCCGUCCAGAUGCUGGAGGAGGACACCCUGUCCGAUCUGACUCUCGUGGGAGAGGGGGACAUAAACAGCCCCAGCCUCAACUACAUCACUCCCUCAGCCCUCCCAUGCAAACCCCAACCCAGACCCCAACAGCAAGCACAGGGCGGUCGGCCUAGCUCAGGUACUUCCCCUGUGUGAAACUUUUGAACUUUCACCUCUGUCUUCACCUGACUGCGAGCGGGACUGGAGACCCACUGACGUCAGGCUGAAGCUGCUUGUUGGUCUGUGGCCUAACGGCCCAGAAUGCAUCCAGAUCUCCUCCCUCCUCUUAGUCAGCUAGAACAUCUUUCAAUUCAACACAUCACUUUCUACACUCUAACGCUACUCUCAGAUUAAAGUGUAAAUAUACAGUAACUAAUGUACAAAUACAGUGCUUAUAAGAGAAGUGAGUGUUCAUAUAGUGAAACAAUGGAUUUAGUGAGUGAUGUAUGCACUACCUUCAGGCCAGCAUCAACUGUACAUCAGCUGCAGCCUUAAAAUAGACGGGGCUCAUUCAGAGAGGAAAGAUGGAUGCAUUAGGUCUGGACGUGUCAUUUCCCUGUGUGGUGUGUAUCUGUGUGAACUCUUGAGCGGACUUGCUGUGGAUUGCUUUUUCGGAGACGUAAGCUCAAGGAAGAGCUCAGGACAAAUUGGCGAUGACCAGUGCCAAACUCCCUCUUCCGACACCCCUUUCAUUGUACAGAAUCUAGCAAUGCACUUUAGCCAAUUUACAAUAACGAGACUUUACACAUCUUUACAUGUCUUUCAAAAAGGUGUGUUUAAUGCUACAGUCACUAGCUCUCCCACAUCCAAAGUGGUACUGAAGCUACAGCUCUGCUCUAACAAGCGGACUGUGUGUUAUUUUUAGUUUAUUAAAUGCUUCUCAGCGUACAGACGUGGCAGGCCUGACCCCAUAAAUACAAACAUACGCUGCAGCAUCGUGAACUCAGUCAUUUGCUCCAGCUGUUGUUUAUCAUCUUUGACAGUACGUUCUGUGUUUCCACCGCUGUUCUCUCGCAUCAAGCGUUUCUCGUGUCACCCGCGGAAAACAAAGACUGUGGCGAGUGUGCAAACAUUCAGCUUCCGCCCUGCGAUCAAAUGAUCCAGAAUCCUCUGCAGCGACUGUACAUGAGCGGUCUUCUUCUCUGUUUCUCAUUUCAAUUUUUCUUCUUUGUGCUUUAUCACACAGCAACAUGUUCUGUCUCUGUCCCUCCACAGUUUAACAGUGUUUUUAGGUGUUAGCUCACUGCAGGGUUUCAGCUGGAAAAAAUUGGACUAAUAAAGCCAAACCUGUUUAGCAAUUCUCAAGAAAACACGAAUUUAUCCCACGUCCUUUUCAUUUUUAAUCUCAGUUAAAAGUAUUAACUUUGUAUAUAGUCAAGUUUGUGAAACCACCGUAUUGAUGUAGUCAUGGUUAAAAUGCAAUGCAGCCAAGCUGUUGCUUCAGUUGUGUCACAGUAGAAAUCAAUUCUCCUCUGUUCAGUUGACUGUACUGUAAAUAGAUCAAAUAAAUGUUUAAGAGGUUCAACUCGCUCCGUAGAGCCUCUUGUGAGCUCCCUCUUCUUCUUAGACUCUGUUUCACCUGAUUUUUUCAGCUCUCUACACUUUUCUUCAUUUGUUAUCGCACUCUGCAUGAAGUGUCUGAACCAGGAUCAGUCUUAAUGUGUAUUUUACGACAUCAUCUGAU